AUGUCGCGCUCUUCCCUACUCUGUUUGUUAUUCUUACAUUUCUCUUCACAUAACCCGCUAGGAUCUUUCAUUUUCCAUGGUCCAAUGUCAAUAUCUGAUAAGCUAUUGUCGCUAUGCAAUCUUUCCUUUUUAGAUGAGCUGCUACAGCUACAGUUUGAAGGAGCGGACGGUUCGAGUCUUGCAACAUAUGAUAUAAAGCGAAUACAGCAAAUAGUCAAUGACGUUGACCUGUAUUUGACAUCUGUGGAUAAGGUAUUCAAAGGGUUUGACCCUGAAAAAACCGAACUGAAACUUUUCAUUAAAGACAGAGAUGAAUAUAUAGAAUGUUUCUCCAAGGUGGAUUCCAUUGACAGUGUCAUUGCUCAAUUGCUAAGGUACCUGGAGAAUAAACCAGAUAUUAAGAUAGACCUUCUGCUUAAGCGAUUGAAUAACACCUGUGAACAACUAAUGGAAUUGAAACGAAUCAUCUAUCCGAUAAAAAAGCAAUUGAACAUAGCAAUGCAUUAUUACGAAAUAAACACAGAAAUUUUAGAUGUGAUACUGAGAGAGAUUGAAGUCUGCGAGAAGAGAUCGUUCAAGAUUCAUGAGCUACGCUUUUCCUCCCCAAUGCGACUUUUCCCACAUAUUGACUUGGAUAUAUUGAAUGAAACAAUGCGAAAUUCUCUACAAUUACCUACUUUCAGCGAGACAGAUCAAGAGUUAUAUCUGGAAUAUAACAAAUUGACAGAGAAACUAUACCCUAUUAUAGCUUCAGUGGAAUACAUUCCUCCUAGGUUGAAUGAAUACGAAUCUUUGGCCAAGAGAUAUAGACCUGAGACUUUAACAUUCCUAGGUGAGAAAUACUUGAGGAUUGGUUCAAGAUUAGAGAAAUUAGUCGGUCAGGUGGAGGACCUGAAGGAGGAGCUGAUAGAUAAAAGAUGGGAUGAGUUGUUUCGUUAUUUGAUAGGAGAACUUGAUAACUACAUUAAUGACAUUGAGAAAGAGUUAUUUGUUCGAAACUGCGAGUCGUUGGCACCUAUGUGCAAAUACAAAAUUGAUAUCGUAUUGUCGACGCUCAAGUUAUUGAGAAGAGCUAUUGGAGAGAAACUGUUGGUAGAAAUUUCAUUGUUGCAAAAAUACAACUCACUUAAUAAAAGAAACAUUCGUAUACAUGACGAAUUAUACAACAGGGACCUUCACUGGAUGUUGGAUAGCUUUCAGAAACAGAAAGAGGAAAACACUAUCAUAUUUGAUGGCAAAGAGCAGCAAGAAAUACCAGUUUUUAGAGAAGAGAGGGUUGCCACAAGCCGUGUCAGCAGUAGCAGGUUUUCGAGUAGAUCAUCUGCGCACGAUCUGGAUGCCAUGUUUCCAUUAAAACCUACAAUAAUAGAAUAUAACCCGCAAUCAGCUGAGAAACCUAUAGUGGAUUUGCUUGCUGAUAACCCUCAAACGCCCGAUUCAGUUUCGGUGACACCGUUGAGAGAAACUUUGAAACAUAAUGAAAGAAUGUUUAGAAAUGUUGAUACAAGAACUCUACUUGACCAAUUUGAAGCGAUGUCUGUUUCCAGCGAAACAAGAAAAGAAAGUCCCCUAUUUCAAAGGGUCUCGCAUAAGAGCAGCACUAAUAACGAAAUGGGGAAAAACCAAUCGGCAGUCUACAGCCCUGCUAUGAGUCCAUCAAUGAUUCCACGAAGAAUAGGAUCCAGUUGUAAUUCCCGGCCAACUUCUGCUCUGGCCUCACGUCCAUCUUCAAGACUUUCAUCAUCUAGACCGAUAUCAAGACCAUCCUCUAGAGCGAGUGGCCGAUCUUCAGUGCUCAGAGUCAGUCGUCCGCCAUCGUCAAAAGGCUCUAGAAUUCCCCAACCAGUAUGCUCCAAGUCAAGAAUUCCUAUUUACCAGGGCAAAACAUCCAAGUCAUCACCUGCUUCUUUGAACUUCGAACGUUCUGUAAAAAAGAAUAGUGCAGCCGAGAAACCUAGUUUCAAGAAAACAAACUAA